AUGGCCGAACGUGUUGGAUCCAUCCUCAAGCACCUGAGCCCCAGCUCCAGCAUGGACCAGAUCCUCGCCAAGAACCCCGAUGACAUCGGCGGCUUCAAGGACACCACCCUCGAGUACAUGGUCUACGCCCUCCUCAAGGAAGUCCGCGAGCGCUCCAACCUCGACCCCCGCCUCGUCGAGGACAUUGCCCUCGGCAACGUCUCCGACGGCAAGGCCGCCUACAAGCUCCGCGCCGCCGCCCUCGCCGCCGGUUUCCCCAACACCGCCUCCGCCUACUCCCUCAACCGCUUCUGCUCCUCCGGCCUCAAGGCCACCGCCGACAUUGCCCACGCCAUCACCAACGGCUCCAUCAAGGUCGGCAUCGCCAUGGGCGCCGAGAACAUGACCAUCGGCGGCGACGCCCUCACCGAGCCCUUUGACACCGCCGUCACCUCGGCGUCCAAGGAGGCCGAGGAUUGCACCAUGCCCAUGGGCUGGACCUCGGAGAACGUUGCCCGCGACUUCGCCAUCUCCCGUACCGAAAUCGACCGCUACGCCGCCGAGUCCUUUGCCAAGGCCGAGCGCGCCCAGGACGCCGGCCACUUUGACGACGAAAUCGUCCCCAUCACCACCAAGGUCAAGGCCAAGGACGGCUCCGUCCAGGAGGUCACCCUCACCAAGGACGAGGGCAUCCGCCGCGGUACCACCUUUGAGGGCCUCAACAAGAUCCGCGCCGCUUUCCCCCAGUGGGGCCCCGCCACCACCGGCGGCAACGCCUCCCAGCUCACCGACGGCGCUUCCGCCCUCCUCCUCAUGAAGCGCUCCACCGCCCAGCAGCUCGGCCAGCCCAUUCUCGGCAAGUACGUCUCCUCCACCACCGCCGGUCUCGCUCCCCGCAUCAUGGGCAUCGGCCCCACCGUCGCCAUCCCCAAGCUCCUCGCCAUCAACAACAUUACCCUCAACGACGUUGACGUCGUCGAGAUCAACGAGGCCUUCGCCUCCAUGGCCGUCUACUGCAAGCAGAACCUCGGCCUCACCUCCGAGAAGAUGAACCCCCGCGGCGGCGCCAUCGCCCUCGGCCACCCUCUCGGUGCUACCGGUGCCAGGCUCGUCGUCACUGGUCUCUCCGAGCUCAGGAGGCAGAAGAAGAAGGUCCUCAUCGUCAGCAUGUGCGUCGGUACCGGCAUGGGCAUGGCCGGUCUCUUCGUCAACGAGGUCUUGUAA